ACAAGGGACCAAGCACAGCAAGGAAAAACAAUCUAGGAAACAGGCAUUACUGGCCAUAUUUGGAGGAUUCAGCUCUUGGGUAUUUCAAUUGGUAAGCAGUUUUCAACUGUUUUCUUCAGUUAUUUGUGAAAUUUUUAAUUUUUUUUGAGAGACUUAGAGAUUAGAUAUAAGAGUACCAAAUCCCAUAUGGGUUUAUUCUUCUAUGUGUAUAUAUGUAAUUGAUUGUUGGGUUUGUGUUUGUUGGGAGAAGAAAGAAAGAAAGAAAGAAAGAAAGAAAGAAAAGAAAAGUUGAAGGUGACUCAUAUUUCAAGAGGCUGAGAUGGGUUGCCUCAGAUCCAUGAAACCCAAGAUUUAUGUGAGUUGAAAACUGAAAAGGUCCCACCUUUUUAGGGUUUCCUUGUGAUUCUUGGGAUUAGUCUCCCUUUUCCUAGGUUCUUUCUCAUGACCCUCUUUCUGUUUCCUUCUUGAGAUCAUGGAUAGGGGUUUGGUGGUGUUGGCUGUUUCAUAUGUAUGCGUUUAUUUAAGGGUUGGUGGUGGAGGAUGGGAUUCAGGUAUUCUCUGGUUGGUCUUUUCUAGAAAAGAAGAAUUUGGGAAUUGCUAGUACCUUGGAGAAACUCAAUUCUUCCCAGGCUUGAAAUUUCUGUAUAUGGAAGGUUAGACUUUAGAUCCAUUGUUCCCCCACCAGAUCUGAUUACCCUUUUUCAUUUUUCUCAUCUUCCCCUAAUUCCCACCUUCAAUUUGCUUCUCUUAGUGAUUUUACUUUGUGUUUCUUUUAAUUUGUUUGUUUUUUCAAAAUAGAUGUUUGAUUGGUGUUUGUCAGGCAUUCCAUUCUGCUCAUCUUUUUUAGCUUGUACCCACCUCUAAUUUUCUCUUCGCGUGCUUUGUGUUUUUGAGUCCUUGUCCUAAAAGGGUCUGAUAACCCUUUUUCAUUUUGCUCGUCUUGGCCUUAUUCCUACCUUUAAUUUGUUUUCAGUGCUUUUACUCUGCGUUUCUUUUCUUUUAUUUUUAUAAUUUUCAAAAUCAGGCAUCGCAUUCUGCUCAUCUAAUCUUUAGGUUAUUCCCACCUCUAAUUUUCUCUUGAUUUACUUUGUAUUUUUGAGUCCUUGACCUAAAAAUGGUGGUUCAUUGAGGUUGUCUGCAACGAAGGGGGUGUUUGGGAAACCUGAAGGGGGUGUUUGGGAAACCUGCAAGUCUUGUCCCAAGUUGAUUACUGUUAGGAGAUGGAGAAGUCGUAACAAUGUUUUUGUAGGUGAAUCCUUGUUGAUAUCUGCCUAGUAGAACGAACCGUGAACUUGUCAUACUACUGGGAGUUGGGGGGUACUUGUUAGUUUGUUAGCACUAUACAGAGAGGGGGGUUGAUGGAAGAAAUGUCUCCAGCGGUUUCACUUACACUAAGCUUAAGUAAUCCAGUGUGUGACAACUCUGGAAUUGCCAACCACGUCGAAAUCACGCGGCUCAAACUGGUCACUGAAACAGCAAGCUUGUUAUCAGAUCCCGAGUCAUUGCUUCCUGAAGAGUCUGUUUGUAGUUCGGAUGAAACUGGAGAAAAUUCUGAUUUGCCAGAGACAAUGCCCAAAAGUGAAAGCAGUUCAAUUGCUAGUGAUGCCCUCAUUCAGGAGAGUGAGGAAGAUGGAGUUUUUACGGUGGGAAAUGACCCUAAUGGAAUUGUUGUUGAGGAAAUGUUGCCUAUGGAUGCUAGUUCUGAAAUCAGUUUGCCAAUAUCAGUUGAAAGCGAGAAAAUUGAAACAGAUCAACUUGUAAGUCUACCAAGUAUUGACCAGAAGUCUGCCAUUGAUCUCUUAUCUGUAGUGACAAGCCCACAUGAAAUCGAAAGGGGUCAAAUUAGCAGAGGUGGCAUCAAGAGUGUCUUUGAACUAGACUGCGUUCCUCUUUGGGGUUAUGUUUCUAUUUGUGGAAAAAGACCAGAGAUGGAAGAUUCAGUUGUAGCUGUUCCUUGGUUUAUGAAGAUUCCUAUCCAAAUGUUUGUCGGAGAUGAUGUGAUCAAUGGACUAAGCCAACGUGUGAGUCAUAUAACAACACACUUUUUUGGAGUGUAUGAUGGUCAUGGAGGCUCUCAGGUUGCGAACUAUUGCCGUGAUCGGAUGCAUUUCGCUUUAGGCGAGGAGUUAAAAGAUCUUGAACCCAAGUUAGUUGAAGGAAGUAUGAUGGAUACUCAGCAGGCUGAGUGGGAGAGAGUCUUCACCCGUUGCUUCAUGAAGGUUGACGAUGAAGUUGGAGGAAAAGUCAACAGAGAUGUUGCUAGUGACAAUGCCGAUGCCUCUGGUGGUAGCGUUGAUCCUGUUGCCCCGGAAACAGUUGGGUCUACUGCUGUUGUGGCAUUAAUCAGUUCAUCCCAUAUCAUAGUUGCAAACUGUGGUGACUCAAGAGCAGUCCUCUAUCGUGGCAAAGAACCCAUGGCAUUGUCGAUCGAUCAUAAACCAAACCGAGAGGAUGAAUAUGCUAGGAUUGAAGCAUCUGGAGGCAAGGUGAUACAGUGGAAUGGACACCGUGUUCUUGGCGUUCUUGCAAUGUCAAGGUCCAUUGGUGACAGAUAUUUGAAACCAUGGAUCAUACCCGAACCAGAAGUCAUGUUUAUCCCCCGAACAAGAGAAGACGAAUGCCUCAUCUUAGCCAGUGAUGGGUUGUGGGACGUAAUGACAAACAAUGAAGCAUGCGAAGCAGCUAGAAGACGCAUUUUGCUGUGGCAUAAAAAGAACGGCGAUGUUCCUCUUGUGGGACGGGGCCAAGGAAUCGACCCUGCAGCUCAAGCAGCAGCAGAGUACCUUUUGAUGCUCGCCCUCCAAAAGGGAAGCAAAGACAAUAUCUCCAUUAUCGUUGUUGACCUAAAAGCUCAGAGGAAGUUCAAGAGCAAAUCAUGAUGUCAAGUGUUCUUACCAUCAUUGUUCCAUUGGUUGGUUCGAUCUCUAAGUCUUAUAAAACCACGUAUCAAUAUUAGAUAGUUUGGUCCGUUCAUUUUUGUCAUGGACCUAAUGUGUAUGACAAUAGCGAUUACGUAUAUUAUAUAGAAAACUAUAUGACAAGACUGUUCUCUUGUUUGAACUUCUUAGCUAUGAUGUGUCCCCAGUUAUGGCUCUGUAAAUUGGAGCUUCUGUAGAAAGUAGGUAGGGAGUUCUAUAAUCCCUCAAUUCAGAAGUUCUUGUCCUUUUGUUUUCUUUUCUUUUUGUACAAGGAGCUUCUAGUAUCCGCACAAGAAGCUGGGAUGGAAAAAAUGUAUUUGAGACUCAUUACCCAUCCUUUAUGGCUUUACCUAAGGAUUAAGGAAGCUACUUUUUAAUAAGUUGAGACAUAUCGUGUCAUAAAUCACCAACUCUCUCACAAGAACGGGCUUAUCUUGUGAGAGGGAUUGUAAUUUAUUCGGUGUUUGUAGCAUUGUUGCUAAUUUUUACAUCUAAACAUCGAGAAUGUUCAGAUACUUACUGAUUGUCUUGUUUUGGCAUCAAUUAAAUGGGUUGAGUUAGCACGGA